UGAAUGAAAUGAAAAGAUUUUAAAAUUCGUCUAAGUUAAAUUACCUAACCUAUAAAAAAUAUUCGGCGCUAUUGCAGUUUCGCACCUCUCAGUAACCAUACAUCAUAUACAUUAAUACUAUAUACCAAACGAUAGCUCUUGAAAAGACCAUUAAUAUGGUAUAUAGUUAUCUGGAUAUAGAACUAGAUAUCUGAUUUAUAUUGCACCACCACUUAGCCUGUGGAGAUUUGCUGUUAUCUAGCCUUUUUUCUUCUGUAGCUAGGCCCACUAUAAGCACCUAACAGGAAGAAGGUACUAACAUCUAAAUAGCACCAUUCAAUCUUGCGUGGGAUUCGACAAGAAAAACCCUUUUCCUGUGAUAAAUGCAGCAGUUCUAGCUAGAGCAUCAGAACCUCAAUGAAAAUAACCAGUUAACUGGCAGCACAUUGAAAAAUUUUUGCCAACCAUUGCAAGUUGGCAUCUGCAAAAUAACUUUUCUUUCUUAGGAACUAUAGUACAAAAAAAACUAAUUGAAAAUUUUUCCCUUGGAUGCCAUUCUUGAAUGAAUGAUGAAGAAAGGAAAGGGGUUAGACCGAAUUAAAAUUUUGUAGAUGUGUUAUUAGGGGGAUCAGACACUUAGUGAAAAUGGAAAAGAAAUGGAAACACAAGGAAAAAGCAUUUGAUAAAUAAGUGUGUGUUUUGGAAUGCAUGUAUGAAAUGUGAGAUGGAUGAUUGUUCUUUGUUGCCACAAGAUGAAAAACAUAUCAAAGAGUAUCAAGAAUUGCAAGAAAAGAUCAAAUGUGCAACAGAAACCUUGGCAAAGAAGGAAAAAGAGCUGAAAGAUGCACAAAAUGAAUUUGGACAGAAUUUACGAAAGUGUCAACAGAUGAAGUCUGAUGUACAGGAACGAUCAAAAACAUUGAACAAGCAAUCAAUUGAAAUCGAGGAAAAGAUACGUUUGGAAGAAGUUGAAAUAUCAACAUUGCAUGAAAAGUGCCAAAGAGAGCAAAUGAAGAUACAUGAAAUGGAGGAUGAAGAAGCAAAAUUACUGGAAAAAUUGAAUACCAAAAGUGAAGCAGAUAGCUUUGUCUCCGAAAAAUUAGAAAUACUGCAACACCUAUCUGGAAUCACUCUAAAUUACAUUGAGGGCCCUGUUGCGUCCUUUUCGAUUGCAAGAAAGAGAAAUACAGAACACGAAGAGAGCCAGGAGAUUGAAGUCGUCCUGACAUUUAAAAAUUCUGUCUUAAAAACACUUGUUGAUGUUAAGGUGUAUCCUGAGAAGCAUACAUGGAGCGAACUAAUUGACUCUGCUUUGCGACAAGAAAUUUCUGCAAGUGAAUUAUUGCAUUGCAUGCAAAGAAUGUAUAAAAAUAUUGAUGGUUUGGAAGAAGAGAUAGAAUUCCUCCAAAACAGGUACGCGAUCGACUGGCAACCAGAGCAGAAACUUCUUACAGUGAUCCUGCCAAAUGAAGGACAAGCAAUGUGUAAAUUGCAACUAAAUGGGGAUUACCCAGGCAACCAAAGCAUAGAAUGUACUUAUACAGAUGAGCUAUUAAAAGGGAAAAUUGAUGAUAUAAGCAAACGAGUGAGGGAUGGACAAGUAAAGAAUCUAACCGAAUGGCUUGAGCUUCUACAUUGCCCGAGCAAUGGCUGACAUCCAAAUGCAAAUAAGUCGAGAAGAUUUGCAGAAACUGAAUUAUAUGCGUUUUUUGAUUUAGUAAACUUGCCUUUGCUUGGGUUACUUAGUUUUGUGUUUUUUAUUAAAUGAUGCAUUGCUUGCAGCAUGUUUUGUUUGUGUAUAGCUAGAAUUAGCAAAGAAAAAAUUUAUUACUUUAGAAAAUUGAACGUGUUACUACCAGUCAGCACUGGCCUUCCAAUACAAGUCAAGGUAUAAAAAAACUCUUUAUUUUAUAUCCUUCUAAUUACAAUAGCAUAUCUGGAGAACAAACACUGGAAGAUAUCUGAUAUGUCUGCAAUCAGAUGUGACAUAAUUUUAUAAGGAUUGAACGAUGAAAGCUCUUUUCUUUAAAGCAACAUCAUAUACUGGGAGUCAAUAUGUAGCUCAUUUGUUUUUAGAAUUAUUUCUUCUCUAAAUUGGUGCUGAAUUCAUCGAAAGAAUUGGCUAGGUACCGAAACUUGCACUUAGAUUUCUCAAGGUUGACGUCCAGG